AUGCUUCAGCGAUAUGUCUAUUUGUUUCCUUUUUCUAUUUUUCUUUAUAUUGUAGUGAAGUUCUUUCUUUCUUUUUUCAUAUCAUCGCAACGAACACUUCUUUCUUUCUUUGCAUCAAACUCCUCUUUCAUUCUUUCUUUCUUUCUUUCUUUCUUUGCAUCAAACUCUUCUUUCAUUCUUUCUUUCUUUCUUUCUUUCUUUCUUUCUUUCUUUCUUUCUUUCUUUGCAUCAAACUCUUCUUUCAUUCUUUCUUUCUUUCUUUCUUUCUUUCUUUCUUUCUUUCUUUCUUUGCAUCAAACUCUUCUUUCAUUCUUUCUUUGCAUCAAACUCUUCUUUCUUUCUUUCUUUCUUUCUUUCUUUCUUUCUUUCUUUCUUUGCAUCAAACUUUUCUUUCUUUCUUUCUUCAUAUCAUUGCAUCAAACGUCUUUUCUCCAUUUUCAUAUAAUCGCAUAUAACACUUCUUUCUUUCUUUCUUUCUUUCUUUCUUUCUUUCUUUCUUUCUUUCUUUGCAUCAAACUCUUCUUUUUUCAUUUUUCUAUCUUUCUUUCUUUUCACUGCUUUCUUUCUUUCUUUUUUCUUUAUAUCAUUACAUCAAACAAUUUUCCUUCAUUUUCAUAUAAUCGCAUAUAA